GUCGCGUUAAAAUAAUUCUUGGCUGGAGAACUGAUUUGUAGUUCUGUUAACUACUAUAUUACCGACAACUUGUUGAUACAUUCUUUCAUCUGAAGUUCAGAGAUUACACGAGCCAGAGAGAGACGAGAAGAUGGAAGGAGCAAUAGAAAACAAUGAUUCAGGGACGAGCUUAGAAUUUCUCAAGAGUCAGUGUGGAGGGGAAAGUGCAAAGGCAUUUCACUAUCAUAUGAGAGAUAGCAUCGACAAAUUGCCACAGCAGCUACUGCUUUCGUUUAACAAAGUUAACCAGAUGGUCACUAAAUCAUUGAAGAUGGUCAAUAAAUCAUUGAAAAUCCUUGAGGCCAGGCUGUUACAUGUUGAAGUCAAAUUCAAAAACACCCCAAAGGAGAAUAACACCGAAAUGUUAGAACAAACACAGCAUGCAAUGUCACCGAAGGGAGAUGACUCCAACACAGCCAUAUCAGAUCAGUCAAAGUAUGAGUGUGUUUGUGACAGUGUCUCCACCAGUUUCAACGGUGAAACGCUUCGACAAGAAACACUUUGUUUGAACGCUUCCCCAGUCGCAACCACACUUAAAGGCCAGAGCAUCGACAGACACGGAAGAAAUUCCGGCGAAGAAAAGCAACGUUUAAAAAAGCUGUUCGGUGCGUGGAAGUGUUCACAGCUACCGCUUAAACAACUAGUUUUACUUUUGACCAUGUUUUCCCUACCAGGUCUCAGUUGUGCAGGACACAUUGAUCAAACGGCUGCUGUAGGAAUGCGUGCUUCUAUUGAAUGCGACAUCAAUGAAAUACUUAAUUUACGGUCUUCUCCAAGAACAAAUUCAACGGUUGAAAAUGGAACUGUUACCUGGGCAGAUGCGGGGUCUUAUAUUUGCAAAGAAACUAAACAAGCUUCGGUCAAUUUGGAGGUUACCUUUCUUACACCGCUUUUUCAAAAAGAUCGUUUGUCCUACAUAAGUUUUCCGCUAGAGAAAACGCAAAGCCUGAUGAUUCAGUUGUCUUUCAAGCCAUUUUCAACAGAUGGUUUGGUUUUAUACAUUGCCAACGCUACUGAUGAAAGACCAAGUGCUACGUUCGCACUGGAAGGGGGAUAUGCAAUGCUGCGUUUGUACAAAGGAUCUGCUUUUACUAUGAUCAAAGGGAAGCAACUACUGACCGUGGACGAAUCGCAUACGAUCUAUUUCAGUUUCGAUAGAAGUGAAGCUACUAUGGGGUUGGACCAGUAUCAACCGGAAGUAAUUCCUCUGCCUAAAGACCUUUAUCAGGGUAUUGGUGGUAGGGUGUACAUAGGCGCGUCCUUAUAUCUCACCACUAUGGACAAAUCGAAAGGAUUUGAAGGCAUUGUCAGUGAGUUCAGGCUAAACAAUCGACUUGUAGACAUGGGAACGGAGGCCCAGGAUAUAGUUGGAAUAGUAAACUACAAUGCCUGUUCGGAGAACGCUUGCGAAAAUUCCAGUGUGUGCAUACCAACCAAUACUAAAGAGGGAUAUGUCUGUAUCUGCCUCGACAAUCAUACAGAGAACAUUGGUUGCCAACUUGCGAGAAAAAGUUGUUCUUUCCAUUAUCCCGACACCAUUACAGAGGAUAUCGUGAUAACCUGGAAAUCGACUGAUGGACAUAUAACUUAUGUCAAUGUGAAUAAUACGAACGUUGCUGAUUGUACACCGCUGCAUGGAAAUGCAGAGUUAAAUUAUAUAAAUAAUACUUGGUACAAUGCAUCGUUUAGAAAUGGUUCCUGCGAACUAAGUAUAAGUCAUCAUCUACUAUCUUCUGGGCGAAUGAGUGUUGAAGUGGAGUCUAGUACUGGGGGCCUCAACCAUGUUUUUGUUAACGACAACCAAGUUCAUUGCAUGACCUCUGCAAUGGCUUUGAUAUACAUCCAAGGCGGAAAGGGCGAUUCUUCUAACGAUUUAGAGACCCAGCACCCUUAUAAUCCUUUAGUUACACUUAUUAUCAUGGGCAUGCUUGUUUCAAUGGCAGCAAGCGCCAUGGCAAUUUGGAAACGUCGAAGUAUAAUUCGCUACUUCCUAAGAGAGCGUCGAGAAAGUAAUGAUGGUGAUAAUGGUAAUGACGGGAUAAAUGGCAACAGAGCUACAGAUCAUCUCCAACAGGAACACAUGGAUGACGAAGAUUAGGAAUGACUUAACUAAUGCCAUGAAUGCUCUUCACUGUUGCUUUGAAGUACUUUUUGUCUCGUUUAGAGUCUCUUAUGUUUGAUGCUCGUGUAUAUGAACAAGUUCAUCUUGUGGAAGAGCUUACACUUACCAUGGGAUAUAAAGGAAGUUAGCGUCAGAAAUCGAAUUAAAUCUUGAAAACUCAAAUACACAUUUUGUUACAGUACAAAUAACAAUACAUGUAUUCGUUUCCAGUUUUGUCAGCCAAGACUGACAAGAUGACUUUAUGUACAACUAGCUACCUGUGAAAAAUAAUUUAGCCUAACAUAGUUAAAUGUAGCUUUUUGUUGUAUCGUUAGCAAGACAACUGUAUUACUUUAAUGAACUGCGGGUCGAGUGUUAGUCAAGGCGAGACUUUUUUCCAAAAUAAAGUAUCAAUAAGAGUUGCAUUCAUCAUUAAAUAAUACAUUCACUUACAUGUCCUUGUAAAAAGUAUUUAAUGUGUAGUAUAUACUGAACAUGAUCAUAGUUAAAUUAGGCUUUUUGGUUUGUCUUCGUAGUUGAUUUAUAAACUGGUUAAAGCAUAGACAUAGGCCAGUUUAGAGACGCUUGUUUUAUACUUGCACAAAAAUAAUGAAAAUCAUAAUAUGAUAACUUUUUUUUUUGAAAAGCUUAAGCGUUUGCAGUAAAAUAGUGUUUUCUUCUGUUGUUUGUUUUCUUUUUAAUAGUUAUCCGAUUGUCUCUACUAUUUCGCUUUUGUAAGUAGACAUCGUGAGAACUCCUAGAAUUUCAGUUGAAAUAUUACUCAUUAAGGACUUCUUAAGUUAAUAUAGAUUUCCUUCUUAAGUGAGUAUUUUUGUUGGUAUUGUGUUGGUAUUGUGUUGUUUGUUUGUUUUGCCAUGUUUUGCUACCUUUAACAUUUCCUAUUUCCUAUAUCGAUUUGAAUAGCUAUAUAUUGUUAAAUAAUAUAAACGACAGUAUGUUUUAUUCAAGACACAAACACAAAAAGUUUUGAAAUAUUGAAUGUUUAAAUAUUAAUUGUCUUAAAUGUUCUCCGAAUCGAUAUCCAUAACCUUUGUGUUGCAAUGUAUAUAUGUAUGAAUACAUGUCAUGCAUUUGUAAACGAAGAACAUGCAUUGAAAAAACAUAUAUGUGAUACUUACAAUUUGAAAGACCCAUUCACGCUAAAAGUAAGCAUAUUUCAGAAUAUGUAGAUAAAAUUGAAACGCGAACUAUUUUUAAGGUUUAAUGUUUAAUGCCAAAUAUCGUUUUGGAAACCUAAAGUGCUUGCCAAUUAUCUUGCUUUAAAAAUUAACUGACAUUUAUACCAUUAUUUUAAUGUCAAAAUAUAGUUUAAAACCUAACAAUAUCAUGCCAGGGAUUUUAAGAACUGGUGUUUAAAAUAAACGACUUGAACAAAUAUGUCUUUGAACAAUGCAUUUAAUAUAACAAAGAAAUGCUAUUUAUGAAAAAAAUAUUUGAUUUUAGAAAUACCUUAUAAAAUGUU